UUUUAAUACUUCCUCUGACCAAUCCUAAAAACUCAAUUUAAUUCCAAGUGGGAAUUGCUUUUGUUCAUCAAAAAGUAAAAUAAAUUUUGGAUUCAAUAAGAGAAGCUACACUGUAGUAGGCUUACAAACCCUUUCUACUAAGCUAUACCCAUCUUUCUAUAUGCUUUUAUUUUAAUGGGUUUGUCAAAAAAAUUAGCUUUAAUAACAUCAUGAAACAGUGAACAAAAAUGGAUCCCUACGAUGCGUUAGAGCCGAUUCUUACAGAUAUACUUGAAGUGAUUAGACCUUUAAGAGAGGAUUGGACAGUGAGAUCUAAAAUCAUUGAAGAAUUACAAAAUGUUAUUUCGUCCAUCGAUAGUUUUAGAGGUGCAACUGUGGAGCCAUUUGGAUCAUUUGUAUCUAAUCUCUUCACUCCGUGGGGAGAUUUAGAUAUUUCUAUUGUGCUUGAAAAUGGCUCUCACAUUUCUUCUGCUGCAAAGAAGCGUAAACAGAAUUUACUUAGAGAGUUUCUGAGAGCUUUGAGGCAAAAAGGUGGAAUCGGAUGGCGCAGGUUACAAUUUGUCCCAAAUGCAAGGGUUCCUAUACUGAAAUUUGAAUAUGGCUACCAGAGCAUUUCUUGUGAUGUAUCAAUUGACAAUAUGCCAGGUCUAAUGAAAUCUAAGUUUUUGUUCUGGAUCAACCAAAUUGAUGGGCGCUUCCGUGAUAUGGUCUUGUUGGUUAAGGAGUGGGCCAAAGCUCACAAUAUCAAUAGUCCAAAGACUGGGUCAUUGAAUUCGUACUCUCUUUGUUUGCUUGUUGUAUUUCAUUUUCAGACUUGUGUUCCUGCUAUUUUACCUCCUUUGAAAGAAAUAUAUCCGAGCAACGUUGUUGAUGAUCUUAGAGGUGUGAGGAUUACUGCGGAGGAACAAAUUAAAGAAAUAUGCAAUGCUAACAUAUCGAGAUAUAUGUCUGACAGAUAUAGGCCAGUUAAUAAAAGUUCACUGGCUGAGCUUUUCAUCUCGUUUCUUUUGAAGUUUUCUGCCAUUCAUUCAAAGGCUGCUGAGCUAGGAAUCUGCACAUUUACAGGACAAUGGCAAGACAUAAAAAGCACUAUGAGAUGGUUGCCCAAAACAUACGCACUAUUUGUUGAGGAUCCUUUUGAGCAGCCGGAAAAUACUGCAAGGGCUGUUAGUGCUGGAAAUUUGGAAAGAAUAUCGGGAGCAUUUCGAACUACAUAUAAUAGGCUGGUUUCGGCCAGUUAUAAUCGUGCUUCUAUUGUGGGCACAUUAGUCAGGCCAGUAAUAGUGAAUCAUAUGUCAGGAGCACCUGUUAGGAACCCAAGUUACACUCCUUUGCACUACCCAAGUACUCAUCAGCAAGUUAGCCGGGAAAUGUAUUCGUCACAGCAAAAGCAACAUCAACUUCCAAAUACAAGACAGGAGAGACAUUCCAACUUUUUCGUGAAUCAAAGACCAGAAAGUGAUCUCCGUACUCUAAAUUCUCAACAUCCUUUUCAGAACACAAGAUUGGAGAAACAUCCCAACUAUGUGACCAGGGAAGUACAAGAAAAUCGUUAUGGGAAUACAAGUCUGGAAAGACAUCCCAACUAUGUGACCAGGGAAGUACAAGAAAAUCGUUAUGGGAAUACAAGUCUGGAAAGACAUCCCAACUAUUUUGCCAAUCAAAGACGGGGAAUUCAGAUCUAUGGACGUGAAACUCGUCUUGACGAUUCGAACAAGCGAAGACAAGAAAGUGAGCCAAGCAACAUUACAUUGCAAAGACCUGUGAGGCAGUUCCACGGCCAGGGCCAGCAUAUGUGGAGGCCGAAAUCAGACAGUCAGGGACAUGCUCUGUGAUGUUGGUAGCGGAACAUUCAACAAACGCUCGUCGAUUUUGAUGAUUUGCGGCAGGGGUCAGGCAUAUGCAGAUAUUGCAAAUCUAUGCUAUUUUUUGAAGGUUUAAUCCUCUGAGAAGUAUAGUGUAAUGUUUACUGUUUUGAGGAUUCAAUUAAUAUGAUAGGAACCCUUGCUAUAUGUAGAUAUGAAAAUAUUUUGUUGCACUCAGAAAACCUAUCAACUAUCAAGUGCAAAAAUCUUUAGUGUUUCAA